AACGCUAUAUGUCGAAAAUUAAUUUCCCUCAAUAUCAAUAUAAAACAUGGUCAAUAUGCUUUUCGAUAACCAGCAUUCUGUCAUGUUUUGGUAGACUAUAUGAAUAGCCAAUGAAAAGGGGAACCAAUCGUGCUGAAUUAGAACCAAGAGCCAACCAAAUUCCAUUUUUAUUAUCGUGAUAUGAUCAAUAUAUAUCGAAAAAAAUAUAUCUUGAUAAACUUUUUCCCAUUUCGCCCAGCCCUACAUGGAACCCUGGAACACCUAAAAAUCACCCAGGAUUGGCUGUUAACGGCCGCAGGAGAGAGACAUUUGAGUUGACUUGCUUGGACUGGCGCCUCAGUGACCCGCUCAAGAUGAAGUCAAGAUGGAUGUACAACCAAAUGUAAGAAGUUUUUUAUGUCCAUUUGAAGGAAACAGAUAUGAAAUACCUGCUUAUUCAGGGUGUCUUAACAACAAAGGAGGCUCUGCAAGUUUGGAUGUCACUUGAUACUCUUUAUUCAGAAUCCCGUCCUUAAAUUCUUUCAAGUUUAGUUUUAGUAAUAAGGGCAAACCUCUGAACUAUCAGCAGGACUUACCUGAAAUAUCCACAACUUUUAGCGAAGACGCCAUCGGAAACUUCUCCUUUAACACCGCUGCAAUUCGGACCUCCCCGUCCGUUUGUGUGGACAUACAUCUCUGCACAUUCCCAGAAACAACAACCUGAGGAGACAGAGACGAAAAAACUUAGAGCUGUGUUAGUUUGAGUCAGAUAACAGCUGUUGACAUCACAGAUCGACCCUUUAACAAUGCUGCACAAACGCUUCGUAGUCUGCAUUUACUUGUUUGGUGAGGGAAACACGGAGAGCAGAUAUCACAGUGCUGGUCAAGCUCCGUUUACAAGCAAACAUUGUGAAAAUUAUGUGUCCUUAGAUGUUAAAUAAGUCCACUCUGGUCGCUCAACAUGUCAUGUCCCCAGACAGCUUCGGCGCAGUGUUAUGACAUCAAACAUCCGGGUACUUCGAGGGUCAACUGGUUUUCUUCAUGGCGGUAAGAAAAAAAUAUAAAAUAAAAUAAAAUAAAACAACUAAUUAAAAUAAAAUAAAAUAAAACAAAGCAACUAAUUAAAAUAAAACAAAAUAAAUAAAUAAUUUAAAAAAACAAAAAUAAAAUAAGGAAAUAAGAAAUAAAUGGAAAUAAAAUAAUAAAUUAAAAUAUAACAAAAUAAAAUAAAUAAAUAAAAAUAAAAUAAAUAAAGAAAGAAAAUAAUAUAAAGAAAGAAAGAAAAAUAAAACAAAAACAAUAAAAAGAAUAAAUAGAUAAAUAAUAUAGAAAAAUAAAAUAAAAAAAUAACUGGAAGAUUGAGUCACAAAAACAGAUAUGACUUCUACAGAAGUAUCUUCAAAAAGUAAAGUACUUUGUACUAAAGUACUUUGUGCUACAUGGUCAUGUAUGAAAAGUGCUAUAUAAAUUAAGACUAAUUGAUCGAUUGAUUGAUUGAUGGGCCAAUCUUUUCUUAUGUUUUGUACAAAAUAUGAUUUGUCCCCAAUACAUAGUCAGAUAAGAUUUUUUUUCUAUACUUUAUUAACUGGAUGAAAAAUGUUAAGGAUAAAUAGACUUUAUCGUGGAUAAGAUCCUUUUGGUGGUGCAUUAGUAAUGGAAAAAGCAUGUUAACACAAACAAUGUUUCUUUUCACACAAGAAAGACAUUGGAUCAGGUGAGGCAGCUGAGUAAAAUUCAGCAAUCAUUUAUUUUCCCCAACGCAAAAUUUAUUAUUUCACAUGUCAACAUGUCCUCAAAAAACAAUGACUUAACCAGUUCUAUGAGGUCUAUAUAUAAGUUGCAUUUUACAUUUGGGUCAACUUCAUUUAUGAAUAAAGGCGUACUGUGUCCUAGUUUAAUAUUGUACAAAAAUCCAAGCAACAACAGACCUCCUUUGAAAGUCCUGAUUGACAUUUUCAUGGAAAGAGGGUCUGAAUGGGAGGCUUAUCUCAGCCUGCAGGUUUUAGACCCCUGCAUUUACAGAGGUUGAGGAGCAAUUAGUGGAUGUUGACAGUAGGCUUUACUGCCAUUCACAACAGGCCUGGGUUUUGUUUGUGCUCAGGAAAUAUGGCCACAACACAAUGCUAGACAGCCAUUGAGGAGGCUAUGCUUAUGUCAGGAUUUGUCCCAAAGAGCAGACUGGUGUCAAGGUUUCUGGUUUUACCACCCUUUAAAAAGUGAUGUUAGCAGACACCCUGAACAGUUGCAGACAUGGGAAGCACCACUCUCCCCACGCUGACUCUGUUGGUUCUCUCCCUCAGCUGGGCUUGUUAUGCUGAGGACGAUGCAAAGGGUCUCUCCUGCCCAGAAUACCAGGAGGGUUUUGACGGCUCUUGCUACGAGUUUGUGGGUCUAGAGCGACCCUUCCUUGGUGCCCAGGGAUGGUGUGAGCGAGGCGGGGGACACCUCGCCUUCAUUCUGAAUGAUGAAAUCCAGCAGUUCCUUCAGAAGCACCUGAAGCAGGAGAAGGACUGGUGGCUCGGGCUCGCACCCGCAGCUCCAAACCUCACGCUCGACACUGCUUCAAGUGAAGGUGAGAGAAUAAAGCAAUAGGGGGACCAGAAUACAUACUACAUGGCUUGUGUUGGGCUUAUUUUAAUUUUUGAUUUAUUUAGACAAAAUUUGUAUCCCAGUUGCUAAAGAUAUAACUCAUUCUUUAAGCUGCAUGUUUGAAUAAGAACUGUGAAACAUCAGUGAUCAAACUGUACAGGACUGAACAAUGAUUAUAUUCUCAGCUGCUAUCUCUAAAGGCAGCUUGCCCACCUGUUGUAAACAGCUGUGAUUUGUCAUUUACCAACAUCUGCUAGAAGACUGACACAUCUGGUUAUCUCUCUCAAGCAGCUGGAGCAAUGGGAUAUAUUUCUCAGUCAUUUGAAUGUUAUAAAGAGCAUGAUGUCAAGCAACUAGAUUUACAAAUGUGUCUUUAUUCCCUUUUACACAAAAGACUUGAUUGGCCAUUCACCUUUUCACCAGCUUAAUAACAGUUGCUUUGUUAUUUUAUGAUUCUUGAAUUGCUCCAAAACAACAUGUUAACCUGAAAAAGCAGUGAAGCCAUAACAAAAGGUCCUCUCACUCCACCGCAUCUGCAGUGGUAACAUAAUGUCUGAACUAAAAGUGUGAAACGAUAUUUUGUACUCUCCCAGGUUCCUUGGCAUGGCUUGAUGGCUCAGAUGUCAGCUAUAAUAACUGGGGGAACAUGCCAGAUGCACAGGCAGCCUGUGGACACAUCCUGAGACAUUCAGGCUUCCAAUGGGAAGCCACAGGGAACUGUAGUCAGGAAAUGAGCUUCAUUUGUCAGUUUGGUAUGCAUUAAAUCAACCAGUUACUAUGAACUUAUAUUUUGAUUGCCCCUCAUUAUUGACUGUUGUGGUUUUUUUUAUAGAAUCUGGGAAAUCAAUUGCGUGUGAUGGCCAGAAUGCAACAGUGCAGUGUGGUUCUGGUCAGGUUAUAGAGAUAGAUGACAGCUUCUACGGGAGAAAAACUAUUCACUACUGCCGGUCAAAACUCGCAGCCAUGACUACAUCCCCCGUGGAGGAGUGCAGCUGGAUCGAUGUUACAGAAUCUGUAUCAGGUAUGAGGCCGUUCUUCAAAAGCAUAACAUGUAAAGUGUUGAAAACCAGCCCGUAGUAUAUAUUUGAACAAAACAUUGGUUUGACAUUUUAUGAAAUCUUUUCAAUUUUUUUUUUUUCAUGCAGAUGAAAUCCUUGCUCAUCUACUUUAAACAUAAUUAACUGAUGUGCCACCUUGUUAUUUAGCAUAACUGCUGAAAAAUAUAAUGUUCAAACACAUUAGGCUUUGUUACUAUACUGCUUAUCAAAAAUACUCAGUUUGACAUAAAUUAUACUGUCUGUUUAACAAAAGUACCAUGUUAAGAUAUUCCCUUUUUUUUUUUGGUUGUCUUUUAAAUAUUCACACAUUCAUCUUUAUUGUUAACAUCCUUGUAAAGUCAUUCAUGAAGUAGACAGAAACACCAGCAAAGAUUAUUGGAUUAUUGGAAACAGUACUUUCUCAGUCGCCUAAACUGCUGAUUCAAAAUUAUCCACAAAAUCUCUAAGAUUUCCUUGAUUUAUGUGUUUGCAGCUCAUUGUCAGGGGCUGCAGGCUUGCCAAGCACCAGCGAAUCUGGGUUCUUUUGGUGAACCGUGUCCGUUGCUGAGAAGUUACCUGUCUGUGGAGUACCGCUGCAAAGAUGGUCAGAUACACAUUUUAUCCUUUAUUUCUGUUUCUAACAAACACAUGUAAAUGUUUUCUGACAAAUGUCUGCAAACGUCUUCCAGAUAUGUGUUGAUUAUUAUUAUUAAAUGGACCAGAGAGUAUAAAUUUAGUCAUGUAGUUCUGUCUGUAGAGGGUGUGUGUUAAACUGCAGCUGAUGUCUUCAACCUUAGACUAACACUUAUAUCUUUUGGUCCUCUUCCUGAGAGUUGAUUACAUUUCUUGUCCCUCCACUUUCAUCUUUACUGUGUCUACUUAAGCUAUACUUGCAUGCUAAUUUUGAAUCUAGUUUAUUUUUGUCAGUUUUCUCACUUUUUAUACCACAAGUGAUUUGAGCGUUAUUUAUUCACAGUCUAAAAAUACCCGAGCAUGGUGUUGAUGAUUUAGAUUGAUGGUUGUUUCCCUCUUAGGACUGCACUUGACGAUGAGGAAGCUGGCAGCUGUCUCCGAUGAUGUCUCCAUCACAGUGAAGUGGCUCCUUCAUCCUUUUGAGGGAAAUCUCACAUGCACAGUAAAUGCUGGAGAUGGCCACAAUAUUGAUCCAUACAGCCCAGAAGAGUGAGCAAGACUUCACACCAUCGAGAGAUCAAGAUAGAGAGACAGAUGUAUGGAUAGAUGAAUGAGCUCCUCUUAGCUUUGUUAGUUUAAGUUUUUUCUUUCAUAUCUGACAGGAUGGAGAGCACUGUGAUGCACAAAUACAGUCGGCCUGGUGUUUUCAUGGUUGGAGUGGAGUGCACCACCAGUGACUGGCACGUCACGGCUCAAAAAGCCAUAACCAUUCAGGAGCCUGUCAGAGAGUUUGGUGUCAUUACAUGCAGUAGCAGAAAUAUGUCAGCAGAUGGUGCUAAAUGCAGUGCUCUCUAUGGCUGGCCUGUUCAUCUCCAGGUGGUGGUAGAAGCAGGUGAGAAAUUCCCAACAUGGACGAUCUAUACAUUUAAAAAGCACCUUGAAAAGCAAUAAUUCAAUGUUUUUUUCUGUAAACAGGAACAAAUGUUACCUACACAAUUAAACAUGAAGAUCAUGUGGUUGAAAACUUGUCAGUGGACAGAGGGGUCGAACCUCAUAACAUGACAUUGAGCAUAAGUGUGUUAGAGAGGCUUGGACAUGGCUGCCAUAACCUGACUCUGACUGCCUCAAACAAGGUCACAGCCCACACUGUGUCCUCCCACCUGGAGCUGUGUCUGCUGGAGCCUGUUGGAGGCCUUCAGGCCUCAGUGAUGGCAAAGGAAGACGAGUGUCCGGACUCUCCUGAUCUCAUUAUUGGUGUUUCACUGGAGCAAGGGCCUCCUGCAGAGCUGCUCUUCACUCUGACUGGAGCCAAGAACAAUAUCUCUGAAAUCAGAGACAUGCUUAACUCCAGCCUGCAAGCAUUUACAUUCUCUAACCCGCUUGAAGGUACAUGGCUUGGAUGUAAAUUAAAUGAAAACAGUCACCCGUAGUGUGUGUUUAAUACUCCUAAAUACAAACUCUUUUUGUGAAGGAUUACUGAGGGUAAAUGUUCAAGCCAUGAAUGCUCUCUCUGCCUCGGAUGUGGACGUAGACUUGGAGAACAUCCUUCAAGUCUGCCAGAAUUACUCUGACCUUUCAGCAGACAUAUAUGGAGACAAAGUACGUCGCAGAUUUAAUUGCUGUUACGUCCAACUUUAUUGUUGAAAUAUACUGUACAGACCUUUAGAUUGGUUUCUGCUCCUGUUACGGCACAAUGUCUGUGUUUUCAUUUGCAGAAUGAGAGUACCGAGGAAUCUGUGGACUUGAAAAUAACUGCGACUCCAGACACUGUGGUUGAUUACACUCAGAGUGUCACACUGAACAUAUCCGGAGCUGAGUCAUUACCCAGUGAAGGGCUCACAUUUAAAUGGAAAUGUAGUAAGUGAAACAACAGGGCAUUGUCUAAGUUGGUUUAUAGCAGGUUAGAAAAUAUAUAAGAAAUUACAGAGAGCGAAUGCAGUGUAAAUCUGUAACUCUUUCAGAGCUGCCAGUCUAAAAUGUCAGUGUUUCUGACAGAAAUAACAUUUUCAUCCACACACUGUGUCCUACUUUUGUCUAAACCUGAUUUUGAUUUUAUAUAAAAGGUGUGGAUUUUAUACUGAGCACAACAAAGUGGCCUCUCUGCAGGUUUUCAACAAUAUCCAGUUUUAAAUCAUUUCUCAGCAAGUGUCUCCUCAAGCCAUCUCCUUAUGUCCGUACAAACUUUGUUUCCUUAGCAUUUGAAUAUAAUCCCAAUUUGGUCUCACACUGUCUAGACACUAUUAUAGCCUUAAAGGAUGGACUUAACAGUACAAUUUAUCCUCAGCGGUGUCCAAUUUCCGCUUUCAUUUCAGCAGCACUAGUGUCAGACGUUUAGUUUCCAACUAGUAUUUUCAGAUUUUUACUCUCAAAACAGAGACAAGGGCUUUUUUGUUUCUUAAAACCCACUGAGCAAUAGAUGGCUAUUAGACGUCCAGUUUUUUUUUUUUUAACCUAAUUUCAACCGUCUAAAUACUUAACCAAAAUAAUUAUGAUAGCCGUUGAGCAAUAUACAGUGUAGUAUAGCAUAGCUGGCUAGUCUAAACUUGGUCUAAAUUUAGACGUCUAAAAAAACGUUCAUUCUUAGACCUGUGGUAGCCUGAUUUUAGAUCAGUCAUCUAAGCUACAUUUAGACCAAAAAAUGCUCAGUGGGAAGCUGGGUAUGAAGUUUAUUAGCUAACACAAACACAGAUUGUUUCACUUACUGUGUCAAGCAUAAAUUAAGUGAAUAAGACUGUGAUUAAGUUUGUAGUCACUUUUGCGGUAGUGUUCAACUGGCUGCUUUGAGGUCCAGUAGCUCUAUUUUACGUUAAUAUGCUAUAUCUCAUAUUGAGAUUCAUGAUGUUGGUCUUGACAUAAAAGUGUUAUUUUAAGCCAAUUAUGAAUUUGAUCUCUACUUUUUUUCCAUUCAGGAGGAAAUUGCAAAUGCAAAAAUCGAACACGGGGUGAAACUCAUGUCAUUGAAAGCAGUUGCCUUCCAAAUCCAUUCGAAGCUUUUAAAUAUGUUUUAACUGUAAGCAGACCGACCUGGUUCAGGAAGGAAGUGGACCUGGCUUCAGCUUCGACAUGUGUCACUGUAGCCCCACAGGAAUUCAAAGAUGUCACUAUCAGGUAAAAAAGGAGAUUCAGUUCUGUUGUCUUAUUGGCAGUCAAUAUUUAUAAACUUGAGUUUACACACUCAGGCAAAAUUUCAUUCAUGUUUACCUAUUUUAAUUUUUACAGUUGUGACGACUGUGCUUCAAUAAAUAUUAAGGCUCAUGUGAAGCUUAGACUGAACUGUGGGACAACCUGUCCAGAUGUAGUUUGGUUUAUCGAGGACCCUAGACCUUUGAAGGUAAGACUGGAACAAUAUUUUCAUCGGGACUUUAAAGAUUCAUGAGUCAAAUAAUAAUACAAUCAUUUUUUUUCCAGGGUGGCCUCAAAAAGUGUUACCAGGAAGCAGGAACAAGGCCGCCUAUAAAUGAGCAGGAUGGGAAGACGGAAUACGUCGUACCGAGCAAAUAUCUGGAGAUUUCAAGGGACAAAAUGCAGAAGAUCAGUGUGAUUGUUUAUGGUGUGUGUUUUUUAUCCCAUACUCUUUAUGGUGUUUAGUGUAAAAACAGGGCUUUCAUUAAAACUACAUUUCGUUUUCAUGCCACAAUUAAGUUUUUUUCACUUCUCAUUUUAAUCAACCAUAUUUUUGUAAUUUCACCAGGCAAGAAGGAGGCAGGGUUUGCAAAGUUCACCCUUCCAAUACCAGGUCCUGAUCCACCUGAACCUGCAGACCCCACGUCCCCUUCAUGUAGCAUCUCUCCACUGUCAGGAACAGUCCUCGAGGCUUUUGACAUUAGCUGUGAAACCAGUCCUUUCUGCUCUGAGGGCUGUCUUUAUUGCUUUAAAACAGACACAGGUGAGACUUUCAGAUAAUUCAAAAACACACAGUAGAUGUUGAGAAAGUUGACUGCAAUGUGAAAUAACGUUUUGCUUAAAAUAUGAGCAUCUAUUAGUAGUUUGGUCAUUAUCAGCAGGUCCACUGAAUUUUCUCUUUUGUCUCGUAGGCAAACAUUUACGUUGUAGUAAUACCAAUGAGGUAAAGUCAGUCUUCCUGCCUCUUGGUGAUGAAAACAAUGAUUACAGUUUGUCUGUAAUUGUAACUGUGCAAAAUGAACAUGAGAAAGCCACCGCAACCAUCACGACGCAGGUUUGUCAUCCUCCUGUUUCUAAAAAAAACAAAAUAAAAAAAACAGCAAAAGUGCAAGAAGAGGAUGUCCAUGUCGAGUUUGAAGAAUUAUUGAGUAUCUGAGUUUGUUUCUACAGGUGCUAAAAAGCAGCUCCAGCUCCUCUGUGGAGGCGCUCACAUCUGCAGUGGAGGACUCCAUGAGUCAGUUAGAGCAGCAGGGUCUGCUCUCCGGUGAGGCUCUGGGACAGAUAUUUACCUCAGUGUCUGACAUGCUGAAUACAGAGCCCGCCAACGAACAGAAGGAUGCAAGAAAGAAGGUAAAACAAUAACGCUUAGAGAGGUUUUGUUUUUGAGUUUUUUACCUUGUGGACGGUUGUUCUGCUCAUUGAUAAUCUGAGUUUCUCUUUCCUUUAGCUCAGAGAACAAAUGUUGACCAAAAUGAACACAGUACUGCUCAACUCGCCCAGCAACACGACUCAGGGAGUGCAAGUGACAGCCAGAGCUGUGGUCGGACUCACCCAGCGCCCAGAUGAACUGAGUCCCAAUGCUCAAGUACAGCACAGUAGAUCAAUACAGCAAUAUAAGUAUAUGAAUAUCACUGUUAAAUUAAAAUCUACAAAUGUUAAGAGGUGCACGAAUAACUUUUACAUACUGUAUGUCUGGCAGCACCUGAUGACUUAAAGUACCUCUUGAAGAUGUUGCUUAAUUCUUUGGAGCUGUUGUACAUGUUUGUGUUGCAGUAAAGUUUUUACUUUAUUUUGACCCAGCAACAACCUGCAGCAUGAAGAACACCAGACCAUUUAACAGGGUCUCUUUUGACUAGAAUAUAAAGUGAUAUCCCGGCGUGAAAUUAAUUUAGGGUCAAACACACCGUAACACCGAGUUAGACACCCAAGACACAAGCAGUCGGAAACAUUCAUCUCUCAAGGGGGUGUCUAACUCGGUGUGACUGUGUGUUUGACCCUAAAUUAAUUUUAUGCCGGAAUAUCCCUUUAAGUAAUUCUGCUGCUCCUUUUGAAAGUUUUCCAAAGAUCAACUUUAACCACCUCUGUCGAUGUUCUCUCUCUCUUUCCAGGAGGAAGCAGGCUCAUUGCUGGUCGACCUCAGCUCCUCCCUGAACUCUGUCAGCGUUAAUCAGGAUGGUGGCGAUGAUGAAGUUGCACAAGCGGCUGCACCAAUCGUUGAAGCAGCCAGUAAUAUUUUAAAUGUUUCAACUAAUGUAAGCACCAAUUCUCACUCUAUAGUCACUCAUUCAUGUGUUUGUCCUCAGUCUUUCUUCUAUGACAUGAACAAGUUAUGACAUAUUUCCCCAGAAAAAAGUCUCAGACUUUCUUCUCACUGGGAUAAACAAUGUUCAAAGUGCUCUGCUGAAUAAUAAGAAGCUGGAUGGAGAACCUGCCAUCAUUGAUUCUGGACACAUCAGUGUGUAUGUCAACAGGUAAGAGGUCAUCAACUUCAGAAACUUACACCAGAAUGAACAGAGUUUUCUGUUGAGAUCAUUCUGGUUCUACUUCCUGCAGAGUGUCUCCUGAAAACAUGCAGAUGAAGGAUAUAAACGUCCAGAAGAACAGCUCCUCAAGAUUUUCCUUCCCAACCCUACCUUCUUAUAUUGUCUCUCCAACAGAGCCAGUGGAUGUCAGAGUAAGUGGGUACACCUUUGGCUAGCAAAAUGAAGUGUUGUAUUUACUGCAUUGCACGUCUUUGUACGGUGAGAAAGCAAUAGAGUAUAUAUAUUUUUAUAUUCAACAUUUUUUAUUAGUUUUUAAGUAUGGAAUUACAAAGGAAAAGGAGAGACAGAAAAAAUGGUUUCUCCUAUUCUUCAUAAAGUCUUGUGCUUAAGAUACACUGUGAGAGAAACAAACAAACACAAACAAAGCAGAAAAAUGAACAAAAUACAAUAAAAAUACGAUAAAAUAACAGUGCACACUCACUAUAUUUGACAGUGACUACGUCUGUCAAAUAUUAAAAUGGAUCCGGCUGCUGGAUGCUCUAUUAAGGUACAUAAAUAAAGAUUAAAUAUUUUUUAGUUAAUAACAAUUAAAUAAAUAAUUAAUUAAAAUAAAUACAUAAAUAAAUAGUUAGGGGAAAAAAACAACAUCAACAACAACAACAACAAUACUACUACUACUACUAAUAAUAAUAAUAUGGAUGAUGAUAAUAAUAAUAUGGACAAUAAUAAUAAUUAUAAUUAUAAUAAUAAUAACGUUAAAAAAAAUACAAUAUUAAUGUAGGCAUGAAGGAGUGGAUUAGAUCAUGUUGGUAAAAACAACAUCCUGUACAGUUAAGACGUUUGUUGCCUUCUAGAUGAUGAGUUUCGAGACAAACCCAUAUUCUUGGAAGGAGGACAACAUCACAGGAGCGGUGGGAUCUGUCACGCUCACCAGAGCAAACGGCUCUGUCAUCCCUGUAGAGAACUUACCUGAAGAGAUUGAGGUAUUUGUUUUGAAGGAACCUCUAGUUUCUUAAAUUCUGCUGACUUUUCUAUCUUAAAAAAAAAAUGAUUCCGGCUUUUCAGAUUCUGUUACCGAGGCUUGAUGUUGGACAGGAGGACAGCACAGUCUUGGACCUCGCCAACUACAGCACAGUGAUAAUUGACGUCCCCUCGCCAGAUGUAACUCUGGUGCUGAAAAUGGAGCCAUCAGAAGACAUUUCCUUUAUCUUAUUCCUGGGAUACAAAGAUUAUCCAGAUGAGGAGAAUUAUGUUGCCAAGACUCACAUCCCAUUACAGAACUCCAAAGAAGGUAAACUUCACAGAGUUCUUUAAUGAAUAAACUCUUUGGAAAUGCCACAUCUCAUUGAUCACCUUUUAUUAGUCUGCCUAACACUUUGUGUGCUUGCCGUAUAUAAAAUCAAUCCCAUAAUCUCACAGUUAUAAAUCUUUCUGAUACUUGGAUGUGAGCCUGGGUCUAAACAUAAGUCUGGUUUUACCACAGAGGAGAAAUAUACAUGGGUGCUGAGCCCGAAGGACAGAACAGGAGAUGUUGGAGUUCAUUACCUCGUCAUACGGCCCAUCGUAGAGCCAGGGGUCAAAUCCAUCAAUGCUACAGUCAGUGUUGUCACCAUUGCUGCCCAGUGUAAAUACUGGAAUGAAACUGGGUCUACUUGGAGUGAAGAUGGCUGCAGGGUGAGAUUUAAAAAAACACAUCCACAGCUGCUGCAAAGACAUGUUCUUUAAAAGCUUACUUUGGGGUUUGACCGGCCGUCUUUCUGAUUCAUUUCUCUUCAGGUUGGGCCCCUCACCACGCCUCUGGUCACUCAGUGUCUCUGUAACCACUUGACCUUCUUUGGUAGCUCUUUCUUCGUCAUGCCCAACUUGGUGGAUGUGUCACGCACUGCAGAGCUGUUUGCUACAUUUACAAACAAUCCUGUGGUGGUGUGUUUUGUGGGUGCCAUCUUUGCUGCUUAUCUCCUGGUGGUUGUGUGGGCACGAAGGAAAGACAUCCAGGACUCCACCAAGGUCAUUCUCAAAGAAAACUCAGCUCACAUUAUAAUGUUUAUUUGAAAUGCCAGAUUCUUUUAGGAGGUGAAAAUCAGAAUUUGUUGCCUGGUAUGAAAUCUUUGAUGUAUAAACAGACUCUUUAUUACAAACUGUGCAGACCUUUAGUUUGCUAUUAGAAGUUUUGCCCAUGUCAGUGGAUCAGAUUUUAUGAGCUCAUUUUGUGUUUUUUAUUUCUACCAUAGACUGUAUAUACUAUUGACAACUUGGCUCCACCUCCCGUCAUUAUACCAAUUUGAAGCUGAUUGCUCUCGGUAUUUUCUCCACUUCCUGGAACUACCACUUGCGCAGUGGUGUUGUACACAUUUCGCGGGAAAGUUGCUGAGAGUCACUGUGAUCGCAAUCUUCGUACGCCCAUAGGCUGCAUCAAGUGUCAAUCAUAGAAAACAUGAACCCCCUAAUAACUUUUAAAAAUGGAGCUGCAAAGAAAAAAGAGGACUUGAGCACAAACCAGUCUUACAAUAAAUACAUGUCAACAUCGCAACCAGGGAGGAGAAAAUUUUAUAUUCUGUGUAAUAAAUUUUUAAAGUUUGUCCACAACUCCAUAGGGAUUGCUGGAGGAGGCGGGAUUUAUGACCUAUACUGCAGCCCGUCACCACAGGGUGCUGUUCUCGCAGACGCUUCACCUAGCGAGAAGGCAGACGGCGUCCAUUCUAUAUACAGUCUGAGAGUAAAAUGUACAAGAAGUGUGAAAUCCGUGUACUUUCUGCGUUAACACAUUUUGAAUAUAAAUCUUUGAAAACGUGUCUUCACAAACACUCACAGGUAAAGAUAACAGUGCUGGAGGAUAACGACCCCUUGGCUGAGUAUCGAUAUAUGCUGAGUGUGAACACAGGACAUCGACAUGGUGCAUCCACCUCUUCUCAGGUCAGUGGUUCAUGUUAAAGUUUAGCAGGACUCAGCAGUCACAUCUGUCUGCUACUUCACAAUAAUAAUGAUGCUGAUACUUUUUUUGUUUGUUUCAGGUAGCAAUAACUCUGCACGGUACGGAGGGAGAAAGCGAGCCCCACCACCUGACAGACCCUGAGAAACCGGUGUUUGAGAGGGGUGGGAUGGACAUGUUUCUAUUGACCACUCACUUCUCCCUCGGGGAUUUGCAGAGCAUCAGACUGUGGCAUGACAACUCCGGAGCACACCCGGCGUGGUAUGGACACGAGUUAAAGGUCAAAGGCCUUUUAAAAAUAUAACUUUCAUUGCUGCUAUAAGCUCAGCAGAUAACUACCGAUGUUCCAUGCAGGUAUGUGAACAAAGUCAUGGUACAGGAUCUGGAGAGCGGUCAGAAAUGGCACUUCCUGUGCAACUCCUGGUUGGCUGUAGAUGUAGGAGAGUGCACUCUUGACAAAGUCUUCCCAGUAGCCACAGAGAUGGAUCUGAAGAGGUUUAGGUAAAAACAAAAACAGCACACAGAGGGAUACGAGUUGUUUCUCUAUCAGCAAGGAUUAUUUAUUUCUCUAUUUUUCUUCUUCCUUUUAUUUUCAAGUAACUUGUUCUUCAUGAAGACAGCCAAAGAUUUCCGUGAUGGACAUAUCUGGUUCUCGGUCAUUAGUCGACCUCCCUGCAGCACUUUCACGCGUGUGCAGCGAGUGUCCUGCUGUUUUUCCCUUCUGCUGUGCACCAUGCUGACCAGCAUCAUGUUCUGGGGCGUUCCCACUGACCCCUCUGAGCAGACCAUGGACCUGGGUAAUGUCAUACUAAUAUUGGUAACACUUUAUUUGAUGCCUAUCUCUAAAACACAUAAUAAAUAUCUGUAUAAUGCGUUAUAAUCACGUUAUAGCACUGUAUAACUAUAGUUAUAAACACUCAUAAAAGCCAGGUGUCAUAAUGUGUUAUGCUUAUUGUUAUAAAGCAUUAUGAUCAUUUAUGAGUGUUUAUAACUAUAGUUAUACAGUGCUAUCACAUGAUUAUAACGCAUUAUACAGAUAUUUGUAAUGCGUUAUAGAGAUAGGCGUCAAAUGAAAUGUUACUAUAACAUUUUUUUCAGUCAAGUUCUUCUCUCAAGAUCAGCCAACAUUCCUUUGAAUUUGAUUUUACUUUGCAGGCCAUAUAGAGUUCACCUGGCAACAAGUUAUGAUUGGGAUUCAAAGUUCGAUCAUCAUGUUUCCCAUCAAUCUCCUUAUUGUGAGCAUCUUCAGAAACACUCGACCUCGAGACAAGACAGCCACUAAAAGUGACGCAUCCAAACAGGCCAAAACUGGUCGAGUGUCUCCCUCACAGACUUCCUCUCCUCAGAAAGAGCUGAAGGACAUCACACCAGACACUGUAAUCAAGGUAAGGAAACAAAUAUCCUGAACAGUGAUUCAGAAGUUUUGAUAGCUUUAUUUUUACAUGCAUAAAAUCUAUUUUUAAUUUUUUAUUUUGAUAGGACAUAAAAAGGAUUGCUCAGUCUCUCUCUAAAGCCAUGAAGAGUCCGAUGCCUGACCUGCAGCUCCAGCCUGGUCAGCAGGUUGACAUUAACACCCUGCUGUCUCUGGUAGAGGACAUCAUCAGAAAGCAGAACAGGGCGGCUGCAGACUUUUACACUGACAAUGCCAAGAGUGAUCGUUCCAUGAUCCUCAGUCUGGGUGCAGUUAAUCUCCAAGGUAAGCAGAACCAAAGCAUUAACAACGCUCUGUAUAGUCUGUGCCUCUGUCUUUUUCUUUUUUUUUUGCUGGCACCUGUUUCCCAGAGGACCGGAUUUAUAACAGACAAAGGAGGUGUGAAUUAAAUAUUAAACCCCCAUCUAAUGCAGUGGAAAUAUAGUCAUUUGAUAGAUAAUCCAGCUGUUAGUCCUUUGUUAAAAUGUCAGUUUAAUGCAUUUGACAUAAUACUAGAUUUUUGUGGACAGAAAACAGUGGAUGGAGCAGCCCAGAGAAGACCUCAGACGAGGCUCAGAAGAAAAGAACCAACAGCAGGUACCUGUACAGGCAGCUGUGUCACGUUGAGAAAGAGCUGGAUAUGCUGGGACCUUAUCGUUUUCCAAAUCCAGACAGCUACAACCGAGCCGUGCAGCAAGUUCAAGGAAUGAAAGGUCUCCUGGAGUUCCACCUCCCUCUGUCCAGCCUGGAAGGAGACCAGCUCGACCGCAGUCCCAGCCCAGAGGAGAGUAUUAAUGGAAACUCCAGCAAGAAGUGCUGUCAGGGAGGCCUGCCAUGGUGGUUUGUGUUUGUCGGCUGGACUCUAGUGAUUGCAACCAGCUGUGUGUCGGGAUACUUCACCAUGAUGUAUGGACUGACGUACGGGAAAGAUCGCUCCAUCAGCUGGCUCAUCUCCAUGAUGGUCUCCUUUUUUGAGAGCCUAUUUGUCACUCAGCCUCUGAAGGUGAAUAAAGUCCAACAGAAACAACACUGACAGCCUGACAAAUUUGGAAAAUUAUUUGGUAACACUUUACAAUAACUAUUAUUUACAAAUGGUAAAUAGAUAUGUUAUUAUUAAUUAAAGGUUUAAUAAAUAGUCCAUUAAGGUUUUAUAGGGUUUAAAUAUUGGUUGUAAAACAUCUAGAUUAAAACGUGAGUCAGUAGCACUUUGUAAAUGAUUAAUUAGUGGUUUAUAAACCAUCUAUAAACAUUACUUUGAUGGUUAUUGUAAAGUUAGGGCUAAGGUUAGGGUCAGGUUCUUAAAAUUGUCAAAUUUACAAUUUAUGAAUGGUCUAUACGCUAUUUAUAAAUGAUGAUUAAACAUUAUUAAACUGUCUGUUUACCAUUUAUAAAUGGUCUAUUUACCAUUUAUAAGUUUAUGGUUUUUGUCAAGUGUUACCAGUUAUUUCAUUAAGGGAGUUUGAGAUUGUCCAAACUCUUUUUAAGGAUAAAUCAAAUGCUCUUUUUGCAGAUAAAUUUAUGAGAACAGGUUUUGGUUUACCAAAGACUUGAUGUCUUUAUGGUAAAAACUGAAUUUUAUGCAUACAGAUGAACCAGAUCAGUUUUUAGUUUUUAACUCAUUUCACAUCCCAUAACAAGGCCUGAAAGAGUAAAAGAAAAAAAAAGUUUGGACAUUAUUUUUUCAGUAUACUUUUUUCCCCCAAGAGUAACGCGUAUAAAAAUCUCAUGUAAGACUUUUCAGAGGCCAAAUCAAUAGAGAUGUUGUUAAGGUGUCAUUUCUAAUCAGUUAGAGGCAUUUUUAUUAAAAUAAGUAAAAGACAGGCUUUCAUGCUCCUUCCCAAAUGUAUUGCACUUGUCAGAGAUAAAUUUCUGUGAAAAUCUCCUGUUGCAGGUUCUUGGUUUCGCUGCUUUCUUCGCCCUCGUUUUAAAGAAAGUCGACCAGGAGGAAUACGGGGAGCCUCAGAUUGAUGACAGUCUGAGAAACUCUGGUAUGUUUUCACAAAGUUCCCCCUUUCUUUCUUUCUUUCUUUCCCUUUUUUUUGCUCUGUAUAUAAAAGAAUAACAAAGCGUAUCUCUUCAACAUCUCUUCCUUAGAUGAUCCAGACACAGUACGUGCAGCCAGAAGAGACAGUACAUGCAGUUUCUAUCAGCCACCACCUCCCACUGACAUUGAGAGGAUGAGGAACAACAUGAUUAAAGAACAGAAAGUCUUCGCCCUCUUUAGAGAGAUUCUAAGUAAGGGAAUCAAUUCAGAACUUAACUAUUUUGGAAGCAAUUUAACACAAUAAGAGAUACCCAUAUACAUUUUUUUCUGAUGCAGCCUACAUGGGAUUUAUGUGGAUGCUACUCCUGGUAGCGUAUGGUCAAAGAGACCCCAACGCUUACUUUCUGACCCAACACAUUCGACAGAGCUUCAGCAAAGGGGUCUCAGACACUAUGAGCAUUCAGGAUGUGUUUGACUGGGCAAACACGACUCUGCUGAGCAGCCUGUUUGGAGAGUACCCAGGUACUGUCCUACAUGACUAUUCUGUGUAAAUGAAAACCCCGAAAACAUAUGGAAUUUAUUCAUCCUUUGUCAUUUGCUUUUAAGAGCACACAUGAAAAAUAACUCUCCAAAUGCACCUUCCCUUAGGAUUCAUCACGGAUGGAAACUCCAAGCUGGUAGGUAACGCUCGCCUUCGCCAGGUGAGGGUGCAGAAAGACUCCUGCGAUGUUGCCCCCUCUAUGCAGAAGUCCACAAAAGGCUGUCAUGCUCCAUACUCAUGGGAACUGGAGGAUAUGGGCUCCUACAGUCCAGGCUGGAGCAGCGUCAUGCAAGAUAACACUUCCAUGAACCUCCACAGCCCCUGGACGUACCAGUCUCAGGGUAAACUGAGGGCUUUGCCGGUCUGGGGCAGUGUGAGGCUCUACAGAGGAGGAGGGUUUGUGGUGGAUCUGGGGCCGGAUUUACAAAAUUCAAGCAGGUGAGUUUUGUGAGAAAUGUUGUACUAAAAGAAAUUUAGGACACAGAGAGUCAAGUCAUGACAAAAGAUGGGUCUUCAUUAAUGAUUUAAAGCAUUCAAGAGUGGGAGCAGAGCAGGUCUUAUGAAGCGAGAAGUUGUUCCACAGGUUAGAGUCUGUUAUUGCAAAGGCUCCAUCAACCUCAAAUAACAGGAGAGGAUGGAUUUUAUCAAACAGGAAUGUGAAACACUCAGAGGUUUAAGCUCCUUUCGUUUUUGGGUACUUGUGCAAUCCAGUCUGAUUCUUUUUACUUUUAACUGGACACCCUCCAACCCCCGGCUGCACCCAGAAAUUCUGUCCAUAAAGGUUAUGAACAGAACCGGUGACAAAGGGCAGCCCUGGAGGAGUCCAACUCUCACUGGAAACGAGUCUGACUUACAACCGGCUACACGGACCAAGCUCGUGCUCCUUUUAUUAUUAAUGAACAUGAGAGAGUUAAAUAAGUGUUGCAAGGACAGUUAUGAAAACAUAAUUCAGUCCUUGGAUUGACUGUGUUUUUCUCUUUGUAGCAUCCUGCAGUACCUUUAUGACAACACCUGGUUUGACGUGUACACCCAAGCCAUCUUUGUGGAGUUCACCGUGUACAACGCAAACGUCAACCUCUUCUGCAUCGCCACUCUCAUACUGGAGACCACAGCCAUAGGUGCAGUCUGCAGUCCUUCUCCAGUCAUUGUACUCGAGCUGCAGAGACAAUUUAAAGCGUUUCAAGAGUCGUGUUUUCAGUCUCUAACUUUGCGUUUCUUCCAGGAGCUUUCCAGUUUCGCAGCGAGCUUCAGAAUGUGCGUCUUUACCAGUCGACCGGCGGCCUCCACAUCUUUGUCAUGGCCUCUGAAGUCAUCUACUUCCUCUUCAUCAUCUAUUACAUGUUUUCCCAGGUAUUCACUUUCCUACGAUUGACUGGUGGUUAAAAAUAGAGUUGCACCCCAAAUCUUCCCUUACAGAAAUCCUCUCUUUCUGUCAGGGAAAGCUGAUGAAGCAGCACAGAUGGGCUUAUUUUAAGAGUAAGUGGAACCUGCUUGAGUUGGCAAUCAUCAUCCUCAGCUGGAGCGCAUUGUCAGUCUUUAUUAAGAGGACUCUGCUUGGAAUGAGAGACAUGGAGUACUACCAGAACAACAAAGAUCAGUAAGCAACAUGCAGAAUACAUUAUUUUAAGAUCUGCUCUGCUAACCUUUCAAUUUUAUUAAUUUCAAUCAUUUUCCACCAGGAUGUCCUUUAAGAUUAAAAGACAAAUAUAAAGACUAUUGAAAAGUUGCAGUUGCUGCGGUGAGAUCUAGGAAAUCUGGUUUAAAACAUGAGUGUGUGCAAGACAAACAUUGAUUUUGUGUCUCAUCCUGGUGAAGUGGAAGGCAGUGGUGGAUGGAUAGACAAAGGAGAUUGAGGACUUAUCUUGGGUGGAAGAAAAUCUGUGUUUAAAAGUGUCAUGACUGUCACAAUCUGGAGUAAAAACAAAAAGGGAAGGACCCAAAAUGCAGAACAAAAAUUGAUUGUAUAAAAGGAACUAAAAGAAAAGCAAAAAUAACUUUACUUUAAAUGUCCAACUCAAAAAUCCCCCCAAAAAACACAAGAGGCUAAAUCCAAAUGAACCAAAAAUCCAAAAUCCAACUAAGGCACUGGGGGAAAAACCACAUGGAGACACUGACACGCAGACUUACAACACAAAUUCACAAUGAACCAACAAAGAAACAAGGCAAAACAAGGACUAUGUAUAUACACUGAGAAAUGAGCAACGAGAGGCAGGUGAGACACUGAGACACAGGUGCAGACAAAUACAGAGGAGGGAAAACUUAAGAAGUAAAACAAGACUAGAAACACAAGGAAUCAACUACUACAAAACAAAAUGGGAAACACUAAAAACUGAUAAAGAAAAAAACACUGAGAACAUGAGGGAACUGGGGUCAGACACAAACUGAAACCUCACAAGACAGGACUACAGGGGAACAGGAACAAUAGGGAACAGAAACACGAGGAGGAAACACACAGAAAAUAAAGUCCAAUGACCAAAACCAGGAGAAAGCAGAAUAUCAGGACAUGUAUCAUGACAAAAAGUGUGAAAAGUCAUAGCACGUCAUAACAUAACCUCAAAGAGAUUAUCUAUUAGUAGCAGAUUCAUAUUUACAAAGAUAAUCUAGCAGUGAUGAAAUAUAAACUUCUUACAUUUAAAAGCUUCACUCUCAGUAUAUUAUGUCCUUUUUUCAACAGAAAGUUAAAACAAGGCCUUGUCCUCUGUUGCUCUAUUUCCAGAUACGCCAGUUUCCAUGAGACAGCCAAAGCUGAUGCCGUUCUGGGAUAUCUGAUUGCCUUCUUAGUGCUGUUAGCUACAGUCAAACUGUGGCACCUGCUGAGACUGAACCCGAAGCUGCACAUGAUCACGGCCACACUGCAGCGAGCGUGGACUGAUAUUUCAGGCUUCCUGGUGGUCAUGACCAUCAUGUUCUUGGCCUACUCUAUUGCUGUGAGCAGUUUCCCACACUUAUCAUCAACAUAGUGCAAUUUGUUAAACAGAGAUACUAACUUUUCGCUUUUCAGUCUAAUGUGAUGUAUGGAUGGAAGCUGUACUCCUAUCGGACUCUGCUGGAUGCUGGUUUGACCAUGAUCAGCCUGCAGCUCGGCAUCUUCAACUAUGAAGAGGUUCGUUAGAGGCUUUGGUAACACUUUAUUUAACGCCUAUCUCUAUAACGCAUUAUAAAUAUAUGUAUAAUGCGUUAUAAUCACAUUAUAGUACACUCAUAAAUAAAUAAACUAUAUAACUAUAGUUACAAACACUCAAAUGACCAUAAUGCUUUAUAGCAAUAAUCAUAAUACAUUAUAAAGCAUUUUAUCAUGACUUACAUGGUCAGGUAUUAUAAUGUGUUUUAACUGUUAACAACUCACUGACAAUGCCCACAUAGAUAAUGCAUUUUACAUAUAUUUAUGAUGUGUUAUAAUUUUCUUAUAAACUCAUAUAACUAUCAUUAGAAACACUCAUUAAUUACCAUAAGGCUUUAUAACAAUAGGCAUGACACAUUAUAAUACCUGACAUUGUAAGUCAUGAUAAAAUGCCUUAUAAUGUAUUAUGAUUAUUGCUAUAAAGCAUUAUGAUCAUUUAUGAGUGUUUGUAACUAUAGUUAUACAGUGCUAUAACAUGAUUAUAACGCAUUAUAAAUAUAUUUGUAAUGCGUUAUAGAGAUAGGCGUAAAGUAAAGUGUUACAGAGGCUCUCAAAGUAUCCAGACAAUAACAUAGCUGCCCUUUCUUAAGGUGUAUUUCUGCCCUCUAAUUUCUCAGGUUCUCAGUUAUAACCCGGUGCUCGGAGCUUUCCUCAUCGGCUCCUGUAUCGUAUUCAUGACCUUCGUGGUGCUGAACCUCUUCAUCUCUGUCAUUCUGGUGGCAUUCAGUCAAGAGCAGAUCCAUCACAAGGUAACUCCACCUGAGUCUCAAGUGUCUUUUAAAUUGUUUAGAAAAGAUGUGACAGUACCUGAACUGAUUUACACAAAUUACUCAUUCUUUUCCAGCCGUCAGAGGAAGAGGAGAUUGUGGAUCUGAUGUUGAUGAAAAUCUGCAGUUUGUUUGGAGUCAAAUGUAAAACGCAAGGCAGCGAAGGCCAAACAGAGAGGCCAGGUGUUUCAUCUGUUUCACAUAACGGACUCUCAACCAUUUCUUCCGGAAAUAUUUGUGAAGGUUGAAAGACUAUUCAACUAUUCAGUUUAAAAUAUUGCUUGCCAUAGCUUGCUUUGUGGUCGUCUUACACUGAUUUUAGCCCUAUCUAUGAGAAAUUGCCAAUUUCCAUUACGAAUACAAAGCUGUCUCAUUACAGCGAGAGAAAAACCUUCGGGAAAAAAGAAAUUGAGACUGACCCUGAUGUAAAGUACAAAUGCACUGUAUUAAGGCUACAGUAUAUUUUAUUAAGCAAAUAGAUGCAUGUAUCUAUUAUGACUUUAUGACAAUCUCAUAAUUUUAAUUUAUUCCAUGCUGUUGAUAUCAUUAUUAUUUAUUAUUGUGAAACAUUGCCUUUGCUUAUUGAUCUUAUUAAAACAGUGAGCUUUA